AUGAAAGACUGGCAAUUAGAGGAGGCGGACGAGUUGACAGAUGAUUUCCACUCUUGGGAUAUUAACCAGAUGGCGUACCGGCUCUUCUAUGGUACCAUGCCUCCCUGGGAAUACGAAGAAAUGGGAGGCUUAUUUUACUACCACAUUGCCAAAAUCGAGUCUGUCUCCAAGGAGAUGAAAGAAGACUUACGAGAUCUAAGUAAGAGUACGCCAUGCGAUUACUUUUGGGACAUUCUUCCCAUAGAGCAGCGGCCACCUGGGGCAGGAAUUGAGGUCGAACAUGACCUUGUUAUCUUCGACGAACAGCAUUCAAUCGGACUAGCAGGACUAGGACCCGAAUUUCUAUAUCGCAUUGUACAUUUGGAUCGGCUAUCUCGACGUAAUUUCCUUUGCAAUAAUGCCAGGCCCUGCUACACGCCAUUUAUUGGACUCGAGUUGGGACUUUCAUGGGACAAAAGGUUCCCAUUUAUUGAACCAGCGGAUCGGCAUGACACCCCAAACUUCGAACAAUUCUGGUCCACUCUCUCGACCCUUGAACAGCCCACCGUGGGCUGGAAGAGAGCAUGGGUAUUGCCCCACAACAAAGAAGACAUAUUAGAGGAUGCCUUAGACUACGACCGCAAACAUGAGCAGGACUGGGAAUGGGGUUAUGCUUUGUGGGAUGAGAAGAGAUUGGAAGAUUGGAAAGCGCCAUUGCUAGUAGAGAACGCCGAGGUUGGUGAAGUCCCUGAGAGUGAUUGA